AGUCACAGCCAUUCAUUCGGUGUAGCUCGUCGCGCAUAUUGACAGGUAGCUACGUGCGAUUGUUUGUCAAAUUUUAAGAACAUGAACUGUGUAAUUUUUCUCUUUACCAGCAGACCGGUGACACCACACGUUUAUAGUUUUAUCUGAGGAGUUGUUUACGGUCUGAUGUGUGUGUCAGCACUUUGUAUCGAGUUUGUAGGAAGUGUCCUCGCCGCCGGCACCGGGCAGCAGCAGUGCUGGCACUCUGUACUAGCUAGCUGUAGCUGCCACUGCUGCGCUUCCCUUGGCAUUUUAGUCAUUUAAAAGUAUUAAUAUGAGUGGGGUUAUGUUUGACUAUUAUAAAGUGUCACUUACUUUGUAUAAGAAAACCCAUCUAACGUGGCAAACGGCUGACAGCAGUUACAGCAACAACACUGACAGCUACAGUUAGCCAUCUAGCUAGCUAACAUACGACAGGGCGUUGGUUUUUAGAUGAUUACAGCUGACCAAGAUGAUUGUUUACAGCCUUGAUAAUCUAUGUUUGUACUUUUAUAUCUCUGAACAGGUAUAGUCGUUACUUCUCAGACAGUUAAAUCCCCCCUCUUCCCCUCCCGGCAUGGCUGCAGACUCCAUGGAGAUUGAUGACUCUCUUUACAGGCAAGUCUGACUCUGUCAUAGGGCUGGGCGAUAUGGGAAAAAUUAUCACGAUUUUUUUUUUCAUAUCAGUCAAUAUCGAUAUGUAUCACGAUAUAAAAAAUUAAAAUUUAACAGUGCUUAUUAGUAAUAUGUCUUUUGCAAUACAAUAAUCUCCUGCAUCUGUGAGGUCUUUGUGUCUCUGACGUUUUGUAAGGCGUUGCAUUAGAGACAGCGGACUGAAUGGUCGGCUGUUUUGGCUGCGCAGGCGCCGUAGGCUCCUUGCUCCAUUUGGGGUUUGUAACCUUUUGCAUUGCGCGUGCUCUGCGGCGUGGUACUGCUUCAGGUGGUGAAAAAGAUUUGAGGUAUUCUCCGACUUUGCGAGAACAUGUACCGGACAUAAUCUGCAGUGCACAUUACUCUGCUUCAUGUCUGACCUCCACCGACGUUUUCGUGCCAGUUUUGUCAACGAUGUCAUCAUCUGUUGAGCCUUCACAGGGCUCGACAGUGCGACCAUUUCAGUCACAUUUGCGACUAAAAAUAGAAGAGUGCGAAUUGUAAAAUGUAUUUAGGGGCACAUGUGCGCAUUAAAAAAUGAGCUGAGACAACAAAUGUUUUUUCAUGUAAAUACUGCGGUGAAGUUAGUUUCAGGUUGGAUAUUCACUGCGGAUCUACCGGUGUCUUCUCACUCUCCAUAACCGUGAAUAGCAACAGCAGCGCGGUUAAAUCUACUCAGCAUCCUCGCUGUCAAUGUUGAGUGUUGAAUAAGGACCCAACCAAUAAAGACCAGUUGACUUAAAAUUGUUUUCAAAUAAUAGUACUUAAAUCGACCAAUAAGAUAAACAUUAUUUGAUCAAUUUUCAUUGUGCCCCUAAAGUUCUUUGUGUGCUCCUUACUUUUUCAACUCUGGAGAACAUGUGCCCCCCUGUGAAAAAAGUUCGUGUCAAGCCCUGCUUCAUCUGCAUUUCUCCCGGAAAUAGCACUGUGCUGUCGGCUUUACGUGUUGAAGUGCUAUGGUUGCGUGUAGCUGCAGCCUGCUACUAUGCAGUUGUUUGCUACUUGGUUCUAAUUCAGCACAUGAUUGGUUCAUUGUGAAGCGGACCCGGAGCAACUCCCCUUUUUGUUGACUAUUCAUAUAGUCUACAAAACAUGGGAGAAUGCAGACUAUCGAAAAGCAUAUUGACUGUGUUUUAUAUCGAUAUCAAGAGAAAUUAUUUAUUGAUAUAUAUCGUUAUCGUUUUAUCGCCCAGCCCUACUCUGUGACUGUGCUUUUAUGAAGUGUAGUCUCCCUCACUGAAAGACUUUAAAAACAGAAAGCAUCACAGGACAGUCAAGUUUGACAAUGGCAGCCCUGUGCUUUGAAUCAGCAGCAAUAGACUGCAUUUGCAGCUCCUUCUCAUACUUUAAUCCUCCUGGCGCUUUCUUUCAUUCACUCUUUCUCUCUGUUCCUUAUCCCUCUGUCCAGUCGUCAGCGAUAUGUGCUGGGAGACAGUGCUAUGCACCAGAUGGCCCAGUCCUCUGUCUUCCUCAGCGGAAUGGGAGGACUGGGAAUUGAGAUAGGUAGGGUAAACAUACAUUACUUUUCUAAAAUAUCUGAACUGUUUUAAUGAAGUGGUCAUGUGAUCCAUGCUUGACUCUGAGCAACUUUCUGAUCUCACAGCAAAGAACAUUGUUCUGGCCGGUGUGAAGGUAUGUACCUUCACUAAAUAAUAUUACAACUUUCCAUCAAUAUGACAGAAUAUCAAGUUAGUGUAUUAGGUGCCUCCUGAACUUCUGCAUCUGUGUGAGAUUGUACUCUGUAUUUGUUUGUGCUCAGGCGGUCACCCUUCAUGACACAAAGCAGUGUGAGACCUGGGAUCUUGGCUCGAACUUCUUCAUCCGCAAAGAGGAUGUGCUAACCCAGAGAAGAAGGUGGAAAUUUAGUCUUUAGCCAUACUCUUGAAUACAUAUCAAACCUGUUUCCUGUUUUUCAAUUACAUAAGCAAACCCUUCUUUUCCAACUUACUUUCCCUGUCUGUAUUUACAAAGUCGCAUUUUGUCUCUUUUCAUGUUUCCACCACAGGGUGGAAGCAGUGUGCCCCCGUGUUGCAGAAUUGAACCCCUAUGUCCAUGUUGAGGUGUCGUACUCUCCUCUGGAUGACAACACUGACCUUAGCUUUCUCAGAAAGUAUCAGGUAAGGUGAUCAUUUCUGGGAUCUUUGCUAAUAGCAAUCUGUCAGGUGUAUGAAAUAUGCAUUGAGUUCUCCAACUGUCCUUGUUGUAAGUACUGUGCUCUCUUCUUUAGUGUGUGAUUCUGACUGAAGCCAGAUUAAGUCUCCAGAAGAGAGUGAAUGAGUUCUGCCACUCACAACAGCCCCCCAUCAGGGCAAGUAUACUAUCCUUACAGUGGUUAAACAUUACAGCUCAUUAACUUAAGUAUGUUUUCCUCAUAUGGAACACAAAUCGGUCAAAUAUUAACCAAAUAUUUUAGCUUUAUAGUAACAGACUGGUAAACUUGUGUCUUUCUAGUUCAUUGGCUGUGAUGCAUAUGGCAUCUGUGUGCGGGUGUUCUGUGAUUUUGGAGAGGAGUUUGAGGUGUCAGAUCCAACAGGAGAAGAGCCAAAGGAGGUUUUUAUACAAACUAUCUCUCAGGUAAGCUCACACUCUUCAGACCUUCUUAACAGACCUAUAGCGGUCAUAGUGAGUGCCAGAUAAGGAAAGUUAUGUAUGAAGGGGGUUUGUUUUACUGUACUCUGUUAUCCCUUUUAUCAUUCUGAACAACAGGAUGACCCUGGGGUGGUGACCUGCAUGGACAACCAACCGCAUGGUCUACAGACGGGCCAGAGUGUUGUCUUCAGAGAGAUCAACGGCAUGGUGGAACUCAAUGGCACUGUGCGACAGGUUUCAGGUAUUUAUUUUACAUAGUAGGAUUUAAGCUUCAUUUCUGUUUCUCCAGAUUUUUUUCUCCAAGUUUGUUAUUGUAAUUGAAUAAUGUAAUUUACAGAUGUUCACUUGUGUCAUGUGCUGUUAAAGAAGACUCAUUUUACCUUAAUUUCUGCCAUUUCUGACUGUUUGUUUGUAUUUUUAUGUCUUUGUGUGUGAUUUUUUUGGAUGUGUGUGUGUGUGUGUGUGUGAGUAGUCCUUUCCUCUCACAGUUUUGCAAUAGGAGACACAUCUGGGCUUCAGCCAUACGCUCAUGGAGGAUUCUUUGUUCUUGUGAAAACCCCGAAAACAUACAGAUUUGUACGUAAAGGACUUGUUGAAUAAACAUUUUAACGAAUUGAGUAUUCAUAGGCUUGUAAAUAAACAUUUCCUCUAAACACAUGUCUCUGUGUUCGUUGCAGGAGACAUUAGAGAGACAGUUGUGUGAUCCUCAGGUCCUAACUCCAGACUUCAGUAAACCAGAGGUAAACAUUUAAAACCAUUCACGGACACUGGAUUUUAAAUCAGCAUUACUGACUGGUUAGGCUGGUAUCUUCAGGUUAAACUGCUGGGAUAAAAAGUAGUGAAUGUGCAGAAUAACCGAUUAUAGAGCAGGUGAAUCAAAGGUACUAACAAAUAAGCGUACAGACCCCAGAACUCAAAUAGCUUAUCAUGUUCUCCUCACUUCAACAAAGCAGUUUCCUCACCACUGUUUUCUAAUUCCACCCAUUAGGCCCCACUGCAAAUCCACGCAGCCAUGUUGGCUCUGGACACCUUCCAGGAACAGCACAGUAGACUUCCUAACAUCGGGUAAACAACAUUCUUGUCUGAUUUUCACCAUAAGAUUGAACUUACUGCUCUUCUUCUCUACUUCACAGUCCCUGAGGACUGAGUUUUCAUUGUCAUUGUGGUUUCUCUUGCACAAAGCUGUUCAAAUGUACCAAGUUCAAGUGAUCACUUUUUCUUCUUGAUGUUUGCAGGUGUUUACAGGAUGCUGAGGUUUUACUGAGACUUACCCAAGAAGUGAAUGCAACUCUCAGGAACAAAGUUAGUGUCUCUUUACUUUUCUGUCUUUCUCGAGUUUAAGAUGUGCUCCAUUAGGUCAGUUGUUGCACUGUGGUGUUAACAUAUACUGUAAAACACACACACAAAUGCACAAAUAUGAUCCUGUGAACAUGUAUAAAUAGAGAGAUGUCAGAGUGUUAGGGGUCUAGUGCGAGGAUGGACCAGUGUCCCUGUCUCUUUUACCUGGAUUAUCUGUCUUGGUCUCUUCAAAGCAGUAAAGGUCAAUGAAAUCCCCCAUUAUUGAUACACAUUGCUAUCGCAUCACUUUGUUGCUUCACUUUUUUGCUCAUGGAUCUCUUCUACAUCCCCCCCCUCUUCGUCUCUUUGCUCUGUCAUGUUUGUUAAGGCUUCUGUGAACGCUGAGUUAGUGCGCUGUCUGUCAAGAACAGCGAGGGGCACUCUACCUCCCCUAUCGGCAGCUGUAGGAGGUCUUGCCAGCCAGGAAGUCCUAAAGGCCAUCACAGGGAAAUUUGCACCGCUGCAGCAAUGGGUGGGUUAAGUACUUUUUUGCUUUUUUAGGGAUAAACCCUGACUGUACAUCUUUGUAAACUAUUACCUGUAUCAGGUAUCAUUUUUUACCCCUCACUGUUGAAUUAAUCUUUCUUCUGCUCAUCCUGUUUCUCCUGUUUUUAGUUUUACCUUGAUGCCACUGAGGUAGUCAGGCCACUUCAGUCUCUUUCUGCUGAGGAGUUUAUCCCACGGGGCGAUCGAUAUGAUGGAUUAAGAGCUUGCAUCGGUGAAUCACUGUGUUUAGAACUGCAAAAGCUCAGGGUCUUCAUGGUAAAGAUUGAGUAUCAUAAAAAAUCUUUUUUGUCUUGAAUAAUUUGAAGAUUCUUGUCGGGAUAAAGCCUGUUAUAUCUGUCCUGCAGGUGGGCUGUGGAGCCAUAGGCUGUGAGAUGUUGAAAAACUUUGCCCUGCUUGGAGUGGGAUUGACGAAGAGCUCAGGAGAGGUGGACUGUUUUUCAAGUUUACUGUUAUCUGUUGGACUGUUUCCCUUGAUGCACUGUUGUUUUAUUUCUUUGUGAUAUGUUUCCAUUUUCAGGUGUGCAUCACAGAUCCAGAUCUUAUAGAAAAGUCCAACCUCAAUCGCCAGUUUCUCUUUAGACCACAUCAUAUACAGGUACGCAGAUGUCAACUUCCUUACCCCUCUUUCUUUUUUGGUCCAUCUUACUCAACUCCUGUUCCAGUAAACUCAACAUACCACUUAAGUGUAUUUCUAUUUACUUCACACAACUUUUAACGCAACUUUGGAUCCAAUGUAACUCUUCUCAGCUAGCUGCUAAAAUCUGCUUACUGCUUUAUAUCACUUCACUAUGUAGGGAAUAGAAACGUGUUGAAUCAUUAAAACUAUAUUUAUUUCAGAGGUAUUAAGAAACUGGUCAAAUUCAGCCACACUAUAUCCACCUUCCUUUUUCUUCUGUCGUCUCAGAAACCGAAGAGCACCACUGCAGCUGAAGCCACUCAUGAUAUCAACCCAGACCUGCAGGUGGAUGCUCAUCUAAACAAGGUGUGCCCAGCUACUGAGAGCAUCUACAACGAUUCCUUCUACUCCCGCCUGAACAUAGUGGUCACUGCACUGGACAACGUGGAGGCUAGAAGAUACGUAGACAGGUUGGUGUGGAUAUAAAAGCUGAAUAGUCAGUACUUAUUAAAGCAUUUAGCUGUUUUCUGUAACUUUUCCUGUUUCAUUUUUAAUGGCAAACAUAGUAGUGGCAUUUCACCAAACUUUUACUAAUUUUGCCACCAGUUGAUGUAUUUGUUGCUGUUUUUCUUCAUUUUUCAGCCGGUGUUUGUCCAAUCAGAGACCUCUUCUUGACUCUGGCACCAUGGGAACUAAAGGACACACAGAAGUUAUAGUGCCAAAUUUGACAGAGUCUUACAAUAGCCAUGUGAGUAUGUUUGACAGUUUUUUUCAGGCAGAUCAAAAAAAUAAAUAGAUAUAUUUAAAAACAUCUCAGCCAAAAAACAAGACUACUUAAUCUGGUAUGCAUGUUUUAAGAGGAGAACAGAUUUAAUCCCAACGCUCCUCCCUCGUUUAACAACGGUAAAUCAAUCAGCUUUCUCUUUCACUUACACUUUCGCUAAUACUUGCCAAAAAAGCUGUGUCUUACACCGAAAUACAGAUGAGUUACAAAAAUAUGUUUCUUGAUCCAAAUAUGUCUUUUUAUACUUUCGUUAUUAACAUGUCAGUUUUUAUAAAAUAAUACAGGGUAUCCGCGGGGUCUCAAAAAGUCUAUUAAAAGUAAUUUGGAUUUAAGGCCUUAAAAUGUCUAAAAUUCACUUAAAAUCUCAUAAAAAGUUCUUGAAUAUGGUUUUGAAAGGUCUUUAAAAUGUAUUAACUCUACUUCAAAAAUAAAUAACGUGUCAUCGGAAAAAAGAUCGUUUUGAAGUAAUUUAAAAUGUUUUUGCCAGUAUGGAUGUUAAAAGGGUUUUAAAUUGUAUUCAUUACGGUCUACAAAAGUCUUUAAAAGGUCUUAAAUUUGACUUGUUGAGACCUGCAGAGACCCUGUAAUAGUUUUUGCUCCUGUUCAUUCAGUGCCUUUUAUCACUCCAUCACCAGACCUGUUUCAGAGAUACAGACUUAUGUUUUCACGAUGCUUUUAUAUGAUCUGUCAUAUUAUUUAGUCGCUUCUUUUAAGUCAAUUUUAAAAACUCACUUUUACAGACUUGCCUUUAUGUGAUGCCAUCUUUCAUCUUUUAUUGCCUUUUACCGUUUUUAUUUUUCUCCUUUUUCUUUUACCUCUUUCACCUCUUUCUUAUUUAGACUUACUGCCUUUUUAGCCUUUGUUUUACUUAUAAUCUUUUUAUUGAUUUUAAUGUUUUCAUUUUCCUUUAUUUUAUAUAUAUAUAUUUAAUUCCACUUUAUCAUUUAUAUUACCAUCAUUUUAUUUUAUUAUGAUUUUAUUAUUAUUAUUAAUAUCCUCUUUUAUACUUACUAGCCUGUUUUCUUCCCUCCUUUCCUAUUUCUUUUUUUUUGCUUUUAUUUUGGUCCUCAUGGUCCCAUUUAUUUUGUAGGGUUCUUGUAUUGCCUGGGUUUCUUACGAAAAGUGAAACAGGCCUACAAUUCAGAGGCCUGUUUUUAACUGAGCUUUUGUUUUUAUGUGUUUUUAUUUUCAAUGUGCUGAUGUUCUGUGCUUACAACUGUUGUCUAAGCACUUUGUAAACUUCUGUUUUUAAAGGUGCUAUAUAAAUAAAAUUAUUAUUAUUAUUAUUAUUAUUAUUUAUCAGAGGGACCCCCCAGAAGAGGAGAUCCCAUUCUGCACUCUCAAGUCUUUCCCUUCUGUCAUAGAGCACACUAUUCAGUGGGCCAGAGACAAGGUCAGUAACAUAGAAAUCCAACAAGCGAUCAGCGUGUCAGUAAACGGUCCGAAUCUUGAACACUGUCCCCGUUUCUCUCCAGUUUGAGAAUGCGUUUGUACACAAGCCUUCCAUGUUCAACUCCUUCUGGCAGACCCACCCCUCAGCUGAAGGGGUGCUACAGGUAAGAUGAUAGUCAGACAUAUACAGUAGGUUUCCCUUGACUCAAACAAUAGAAGUUUCUAAGUGUCCUUCCUCUGUGUAUGUGUAGAGGAUGCAGGCUGGAGAAAGUCUGGAGGGCUCAUUCCAGGUUAUUAAGCUGCUGAGCAGACGGCCCAGUCAAUGGGAACAGUGCAUUGCAGCUGCACGUCUGAAAUUUGAAAAGUAUUUCAAGAGAAAGGUAAUAAGUCUCUGAUAAACAAAUAUCAUCCACUCUAUUGUUUGUAGCAGUAUUCAUAUUAUUACAAACUCAACAGUCUGAAUAUGGUGAUAAAGUGUUGACAUGUUAUUAAUGCUUUUAUGUAGGCGCUACAGCUGCUGCACUCGUUCCCCCUGGACACAAGGUUAAAAGAUGGAAGUGAGUUUUACUCAAACAUGGAUACUGUAUUUGAUUUAUGAACAGUUAGUUAUGAAUUGUGACUGAAUAGAUGUAACAAAUAGUCUGUUUUUAUCUACUUUUUCUCAGGUUUGUUUUGGCAGUCCCCAAAAAGACCUCCAGCACCUUUUGAAUUUGACUUGAACGACCCUUUGUGAGUAUUUUUCCCAUGUGACCAUCUGAGCCUCACUCCUGUUUAACUUUCUAUAUCUACAGUACAUGUGCUGACUCUCCUGUCCUCUAGGCACUUCACAUUCAUUGUCAGCACUGCACGGCUCUUUGCAGAGAUUUAUAACAUCCCCUACUCAGAAAAGGUAGUCUCUGACACUCACACAAACACUUACUCUCGCACACACACACACAGUUCUUGUCGUUCUGAAGUCUGCCUCCUUUCUCAGGAUAUCUCCGAGGAGGCGGUAGCCCGGAUUCUCUCAGACAUCCGAAUUCCUGAGUACAGGCCCUCAGAAAAAGUAAGUGUCCUCAUUGAUCUGAUCACGUUUUGUGUCCUCGUGAGACGUCCUAAUCUUGUUGAUUGUUUUGGAUCCAGUGUAUAGAGACAGAUGAGGCAGCGAAGAAGCCGGAUCAGACCAAGAUGCCUCUGAGCAGUGAAGAGGAGAGGGAGGCCAUCACACAGCUGGAGCGGGCCAUUGCUUCUGACAACGUCACAGCAGGUAAACAAUUCCGUAAAAACACGACCAACACUCAACAGGUAGAUUUGUAAAAACGACACUUGAGGUGACAGCUAACUUUGAAUCUGAAACCUCAAGUUACAAAUGCUGCAACAGUGUUUUGAAACAUUUAGUAAUCAGUGCUUAUGUGUUUGUGUGUUACCACGCAGAGAGGCUACGUAUGAGUCCACUGCAGUUUGAAAAGGACGAUGACGGCAACGGCCACAUGGACUUUGUGGAGUCAGCAUCUGGGUUAAGGGCCAGGAUGUACUCCAUCGAGCCUGCUGACAGACUGAAGACCAAGCGCAUUGCGGGCAAGAUCAUCCCUGCUAUUGCCACGGCAACAGCUGCUGUGGCUGGAUUGGUGAGAAACAUUUAAAAAACUGACACAAAUUGAUGGUUUAACUCCUCGCCAUUCUGACUCUACUAUUAGAAAAUUUCAACCUUUAACCUCAAGCUGCUGAGUUUAAUUUAAUUUGGAUACUGCUGGGUGUUAUUGUUAUCUGUAUCUGCUGACACCACAGCAUGACCCAGGCAGAAAACUAUUUGAUGUGCAGAAUUAUGAAGUAGUCUUCAUAGAUGUCUGUAAGUGUGGGGUGAUUGCUGAUAUUCUCUUGUUUAAUAACAGUUUAAUUCGUACUUUUGUUUCGCCGUGUUCAGGUGGCUCUAGAGUUGAUCAAGGUGGUCGCAGGCUACGAGUUUGAAUCGUUCAAAAACUGCUUCUUCAACUUGGCCAUCCCAGUGAUGGUGCUCACCGAGCCUGCUCCAGUGAAGAGGACACACAUUAGGUAGGAAGUGUAUCCAUGACGACUAUAUUCAACUGUCACAGUCUUAUGUGAUACACCACUGGGACCCUUUUUUGAUUUGAACAGUCUAAGAAUCAGUCUUUAGUUCCAGGACUGUAUCAAACUAAAGUCAACGUUCAGCCCCAAGGUGGGACCUUUAGCUGUACUUCAUUGAUAAAAAGUGACUGUAGUAAAAUCUCUGUGACUUUUUUCCCAGGGACAACAUCUACUUCACCAUCUGGGACUGUUGGACCAUCUUUGGCCAUGAGGACUUCACACUCUCUGAUUUCAUGAACGCAGUGAGGGUGAGAACUGUCGUACUUGAAAGCAGCCAUGACGGUUCAGAAUUAAUCAAACCCAGUUAUCUUUAUUUCAUAAUAAAGGAUUUUGAUCGCUCUGGAUUGAAGGAUGAAUUGAUUAUUGUCAGCUGUUUACUUAUUUUGUUUUGUCCUGUUUUUUUUCAUCCUUCAGGAAAAGUAUGGAAUUGAACCCACUAUGGUCGUCCAUGGUGUGAAGAUGCUCUAUGUGCCUGUGAUGCCUGGACACUCAAAGAGGCUGAAACUAACGUAGAUGUUUUUUUAUUCGCACAUGAUUUUCUGUUUUAAUUUUCACCCACAUACAGACUGAACAAAAGCCCUAAUUCUCUGUUUCCCUGCAGGAUGCAGAAGUUGAUCAAGCCUUCAGUGGAUCGCCGUUAUGUUGAUCUGACUGUGUCGUUUGCUCCGGAGGCUGAUGGAGAUGAUGACCUGCCAGGUCCUCCAGUUAGAUACUAUUUCAGCCAUAAUGGAGAGACUCCCUGACAACCCCCUUCAGUGUCAUCCUCAAACCUCUCGUGUCCUUACUCCCCCCCUCUGUCAUGUAAGUGGUUAUACCCUGAUAACCUGGGCCAGGGCUGAGAGCUUUCCCAUUUCAUGUUAUCCAGCACGGGAAAAACUCUCGGCCUGAGCUCAAGCCCCCCUUUUACUUCAAGGAGCAAGAACCGGCAAGAUCUACUUUCAGCAUUUCUCGCAGAUUUAGCCAGUGAAACACAAGGCUGCUGAAGUAGCACUUAACUGUACCAGUGUACAUAUAUUUUCUCUCUUCUGUUUUCUACUCUAGUGAAACACACAGCUCCGCCUGUGUCGAUGCCUUAAUUAAUAGCUUUUUUUCUGUUUGUGACAGUGAGUCUGACUAAAACCCAUGUUUACAAAAAAACCUGCAUACUCCCAACACACAUCAGUCUCAUUUCUGUUUUAAGCCUGCCAGACCCUAAAGGGAUGGCGUGUAGACAAGUGGGGCAGUGAAGUGGAUCUGUAGUCGGCAGGCAUCACAUCUUCCUCCUCAGAUUCCUCACUGGCUUUUGGGUUAUUGCCAACCACAGAAUUUGCCAGUCAUCUCCCCUUUUAGAAACAGGUCAAGCCAAAAUUUGGUGUACAAUUUCUUGUGCUAAAAGGUCAGAAGACAAUGACAAAAACCACCAAAGACACUGAUUAUUAUUGUGUGUGCAGAUAAAUGUUCUCUUUUGUGAUCACUCUGACUGCCUCAAGAUUCAGUUAUAUCACAGGGGGAGGGUAUUACCCAAGAAUUCAAGAGCAACACACACCGGCAGCAUCUUGAUCAACUUCAUCACAAGCUGGUGUUGGAGUUCAUUAACUCUGGGAUACACAACACUUCAGAAAAAAGCACUUUUCAUCUCACACUUCCUGUUGAGACGCUUGAAUCCCUAACAGUGCAGAUGCGUGUUGGACUUAACACUUGGGGUAAUACCACUUUCUCAUCGUAGCUGCUAGUCAUGCAUAAAAUUGAGGUGGUGACAGCUUCACAUUUAAGUAAAAGUGUUCAUUCUGUUAAGUAAUGAAAUCAGCUGAAUUGUUUCACACAUAGGAAAAAAAACAUUUUAAUAGACAGUAGCAUCUGGAAUCACGUUCGGUUUUAAAAAGACCUUUUCUAACAAAGAAGAAAAUCUUUGCUCUUCAGGAUUUAUUUUAUGCAUUUUUUUAUGGAUGCGUCCAUGAUGUGUAUUUAUUUUUUUUCUGUUUUUCAUUUUUGUGUCAAACUGAGCCUGUCGUUGAGCUCUGCGGAGUCACGGUGCACUGCCUAUUUGUGCAUCAUCGAUUAAUUAAAGUUAUCCUAAAAGUGAAUUUUCACUGAUGUAAUUCACUUCCACUUGAUGGUCACAAAAAUCCUUUGCUUAGAUUGGCAAUAAUUUCAGUGUAGUUUUGACUUGAAUUGUUGAAAGAUGAAACGGUAUUGUAGGAAGGGUUCCUGAGAGCCAUCAAUACUGAUUUCAGAUGUGCUGGUUUGGCGUAGAGGUUUAAUCAUAUGCCGCAUGUACACAGACCCUCUGCCUGGGUUUGAGCCCAACCUAUGGCUCUUAUCCACUCGUCAUUCCCUCUCUCUCUCUCUGCCGGUGUCCUACCUGAUCUGCUGCCCUAUCCUUUGAAGAACAGAAAAGCCCUUAAACCUUUAAAAAAAAAACAAGAGAUCCCAGUAACGUUAGCAUGGGAUUUAUAAAAACUCCUAAACUCAGACAAAACUGUUUCUCAACCAUGUUUUUUUUUUCUCCCCAUAACUAGAGGUUGUCACUUUGCUUGAAACAGAAAAAAAGCUUCCAAACAGACAAUAUUUCACAUGCAGUGACUCAGUGUGAAACAAAGCAGUGUUAAUGAGAGACUGAUACAGAUGUAUGUUCUUGUGGUAAACAACUCAACCAAUGGUCCAAUAAAAUGUGAGAUUUCAGGAUGUCCUCAGUACCAACGCUGCCCUGUGUCUUUCCUACGAGAAACUGAAAUAUCUGAAUGAUUGUUGUCAUUAUUUCAUCAGGUGGAAAUUGUGAAGAUGAAGCCAAAUAUUCUUGCUGGAGAGGAUUUGCUUCCCUCCUCACAGCAGGUUAUUUAAACUAGGGCCCGACCGAUAUGGAUUUUUGGAGGCCGAUGCGGAAACUGAUUAAUGGGCGAUUUUUAAUUUUUUUUAUGAAGUUAUAAAAAUAUAUAUAUACUGUAGAUAUCUACAUUAUACUAUAUACUGUAGGCUACUGCUCUUCACGCCGACAGAAAGACCGACUGAUCAUACUCGGAGCAGAAAAGCGUUUUCAACUAAAAUCGACGAGUUUUGGCUGAUUACCGACUAUUCUCAAACAGGCUAAAAUUGGCCGAUUUGAUCGUCUCGCUGAUAAAUCGAUCAGGCCCUAAUUUAAACUGUUGGGUUUUAGACAAAAUGUGCUCACUUUGUACUCAGGGGUGUAGUAGGAUUUGGUUCAAAUCAUAAACAGCUGAUUCAAAAAAAUUGAAUCUGUACAUUUAUUGAUUAAAAAUAACUUUCUUUCUUUCCAAAAUAUAGAACAAACAGACAAAACCUUUAAGCUCAAAUGAGUUUUGAGCUGGUUAUGAAACAGACAAAUUCAUUCUGGAGCUUCUUUAUUAUCUACAAUUACAAGAGACCGUCAUUAAGAUUAACUGUUACUUUAAGUUGAUAUUUCCAAGUAAAAAAAAUAUUGUAGUGUCACAGCAGGCUUUCACAUUUGGGAAAUAUUACAUUUUACUGUUAGAAAACAAUAUUUACACAUGUAGUGGACAUCAGCCAGAGGAUAAGCCGCUUCUUUUGUCAACAGGUGUCUUGCAGGUGCUUUAAGUUAACAAAAAUACAUGACAUGCAUUGAGACAUUUGUUUAUACACAGCUAUUUUUUCAAGCAUGUAUACAUUUGGCACUGUACUCUGUAAAGAGAUAAAUAAAUACAUUUUAUACCUCAUUUUCAGCUCAUGGCACAGUCAUAAACCAGACUUAUAUUUGAUUACGUCUUUAAAAUAUAUUAUUUCUCUUUUUACAAAUAAUUCACAUAAAUUAUACAAUGUUAAGCAGUAAAUACAUGAGUUUAAAUUCUGAUACUGCACGUCUAAUUUUUCAGAUUAUAUAUCCACGUCCUGCAAAUUGCCCCAGCUGGGUCCCACCUUGACUUUGGCUUUAAGUUUUACAUAGAGUUUAACUGCCGUCUCCAUUUCCCUCUUGACUAUCUGAGCAACCUGACAGAGAAGAGAGUUGGUGGAAAAAAAACAGAGAAUUAUGUGUUUAAGUGGUCUUUUCCAAAAUAUCUUUGUUGUAAUGUUACAUUGCUAAUCUAAAGAAAAUGACAAACCUGUAUGAGGUCUUCCUCUGUGGUUUCAUAAAUGAGUUCAUCAUGCAGCUGCAGGACAAAGUAGGCUCCUCUCAGCUGACCCCUGCGCAGAGUGCUGACUGUAAAACACAUACCAUUAGGCAUCUAAGGACCUCUUUCAUUCGUAGACCUUUAAUGACAUAGAUGUUGUGAGGGGAUCAGGUCACCUGAUUGUAUAAGCUGGUGAGAGAGUGGAGCUGCAGGAUACGUUUUCAUUAGUCGCUUCUGGAUGUUCACUGUGGCGAGUUUAACGAUGUCUGCUGCUGAGCCCUGAACGGUCGUGUUGACUGCCUGACGCUCUGCCUGGACGAGAGAGGAACAGAGUGACAAAAAUAUAUAAAACAAACACUCUCAACAUCUGACAGCUUGAAAUGAUGCCAAACUGACUUACAUGAGCUUUUAUAUGUGUAUUAGUGUUCACGAUCCCAGGUAAGUAUCUCCUACGACCCAUCAGGGUCUCUACGUAGCCGUUCUUUGUACAGUUGUUGACAGUUUCACGAAGAAAAGCAUUGACCCCUGAAACACAAGACAACUUUAAUUCACUGUUUCUGGUAGACUUUGGGACUGACUCUGCUUGAAAACUUUUGUGUCAAAUGAAUAAAGAAAUGCAGACCUCUGUAUCUGGCCUUGAAGCUCUCUAUGUAGCAGGCUGCGUCAUUCUCCUCCACUCCCAUUUGCUCCGCCAAAGACUUUGCUCCCAUCCCAUAGAUGAUGCCAUAACAAAUCUGCAAGAACCAAUACAUGCAUAUACACAUCAGUGUCUAGAGACGGAGUGAAUGUAUACACGCACAUCAAACACCCUCUUUCCUGCUUCAUAGCACCUGUUUUGCCUGCUGUCUGAGGUUGUCGUUCACAGACUCUGGAUCAACGCUCUUCCACUCUGCAGCGAUGCAGCGGAACACAUCUGCUCCACCGUUCAGCACCUGGAGACACACGGAUCAUUGUUUUUCACCUUUCUUUAACUGUGCAAUUUGUCCCUUUAAUGUACAAGUGAAUACACCGCUGACCUGCAGGAGACGUUUAUCCUUUGAGAGGUGAGCCAACACUCUCAACUCCAGUUGAGAAUAAUCAGCGGCCAACAUCAUCCCACCUAAAGCUCGGUACAGUGCAGAAAGACACAGAUUAUAGAUCUUCUAUGUGGAGAUGAGGUUAUAAAAACAAAAAAAGGGAAACUACGUUGAUAUUGUCACCUGGAAAUGGUAUGAAGGCGUGUCUCAUGCUGACAGAGAAAGCUGGUCCUUGUUCUGUCCCUCCAGAUGCAGCUGAAGGAACUACUGAACGUCUUUUCUUUCUGUUACCAAACAGGCAGAAAGUUAAAGCAGCUCCCUUUAUUAAUACCAACGACUUAGAGUGUACUGAACAUUUUCACUUACUGACUUUGGAAGAUACUCGUUAGAGCAAAGCAGAUUUACACACAGCCAUAAAAUACGAUAUCUAUUGUGUUCAUUCUUAACUGAAGGUACUUGACAUCUGGUUUGGUAGAUUGGCACAAUCACCGCAUCUUCAAUAUUGUACAUCUGUCAACUAUAAAUUUAAAUUUAACUACAGUCUAGAUUAAUUUUAGAAACAUCACAUUUCUUGGGUGAAUUUGAGAAAAACAACAAUCUAAAGCAGCGGGGUGUUACGGCCAUAUUGUAUCUUUUUGAACAAGCUAUACCGUGUGUGUGGAAUGUGUGAUUAGGCGUAAUAUUAAUAGAAGGACAUCAAAAAACACGAAUAGUGGUGACGUAUCCAGGCCAAUCACAGACAAUCGGGACACACCACAGCUAAGCUUUGACAUACAGCAGAUACUGGAUAUUCUUUAUGCUUAAUGAAUAUUCCAGACAGAUUUUUGUAAACUAGAUUUGAAGGAUCAGGAACAGCAUGGUCAAAAAACGUUUAUAGACUAUGUAAGAUUUUUCAUUAAAAUGAAACCAAACUGUUACUGGACUUCCUUCAACACUCGCCCGUCUAGUACCCCUGAUGUCGCUGAACUUACCCUGACUUGUUCACUUGGUGGCUGUUCUGUGAAGGCGGGCUCUCACCCACCUCUGUGGGCAUGCAGAUCUCAAAGUCUUUGGGGACGUUCUGUAUGUUGGGCUCAGUGAAGCUCACCCUCCCUGAAAACAGAAUGAGCAGGAUCACAAUGUGCUAAAGGUGUUCAGAGUCUCUAUGUGUGUGUGUGUGUGUGUGUUACCUGUGGCUGUGUGUGUGUGUGUGUGUUUUUCACCUGUGGCUGUGUGAGUCUGGGCGAUGGGGUAUAUUCUGUCCAUGUUGAGUGUAGGGUGGUGUUGCUUCUCUCGCUGCAGAGGGAACACCACUUUAGUCAAAGC